GAACCUGAUAGCGAGAAAACCAACAAUGGAAUCCACUACAGAUUGCGUCUGGUCUUUUCAAACGGUUUCCAACAGGACCAAGAUAUUUACGUCCGAUUAGUUGAUUCAGCUAAUAAGCAGCCAAUAGCUUACGAGGGUCAGGAUAAAAACCCUGAGAUGUGUCGUGUGCUGCUCACUCACGAAGUGAUGUGCAGUCGAUGCUGCGAUAAAAAAAGUUGUGGAAACAGGAAUGAAACUCCUUCCGAUCCAGUAAUUAUCGAUCGAUACUUUCUGAAAUUUUUCAUGAAGUGCAACCAAAAUUGCCUAAAGAAUGCCGGCAACCCAAGAGAUAUGAGGCGAUUUCAAGUUGCUAUAGCAUCGACACCCUCACUAGAGGGCAGCUUGCUAGCAUUUUCGGACACUAUGUUCGUUCACAAUAAUUCAAAGCAUGGACGAAGAAUACGACGAAUGGAUCCUCCAGAAGAAAUAGUACCAUCAGCUCCUCCAGUAAUAAAGGCAAUUUCACCGAAUGAAGGCUGGACAAGCGGUGGUGAAAGCGUAAUGAUAAUUGGGGAGAAUUUCUUUCAUGGACUUCAAGUGGUGUUCGGAAAUACUCCUGUCUGGGGCGAACUGAUCACUUCAAACGCUUUACGAGUUCAAACUCCUCCAAGACCAACCCAAGGAGUCGUUGAAGUCUCCCUCUUAUUUAACAACCGGCCAUUUUGUAAACAUGCCCCAGGACGCUUCGCGUACACUUCCCUAAAUGAUCCCACAAUUGAAUAUGGUUUCCAACGUCUCCGCAAAAUCAUUCCACGCCAUCCAGGCGAUCCCGAGCGUCUUCCUCGCGAGAUCAUAUUAAAACGGGCAGCUGAUUUAGCUGAAGCACUCUACUCAAUGCCCAGUAGGGCAGCAGCUGUUGCCGCUGCCGCUGCUGCAACACAUCACGUGACCUCCGGGAUGGUGCACCCCUCCCAGACGGGACCUCAGCAUAAUAGCAAUCACAUGCCUCCCCCUACAAUUGCUCCACCCAAUCACUACUCCGACGUAUCUGGUGGAUUCGCAACAAUGCUUCCUACACAUCAACACCAGCAUCAUCAACAGACGCUACAAGGCUCGAAAACCGAUCAGGCUCUAUAUGCAUCUAAGUUGCUGCUUAAUAGUACGAGUAGUGCGGCAACUUCGGUGACGUCUGACGGGGAAGAGGAAGAAGAGGAGGAGACAGAAAAUAUCGGCGGUGGUGAGGGAAAUUUGAGGGAGAACAAUGGGAGUCCUGUCAAGGCUGGAGAAGGGUCAAGGAAAGGGGAGAGAGGAGCUGAAGCAAGAGUAUGGCCAAAGAGACCAAGAUUUGAUAUCGCUGGAGGGCAGGAAAGCAGACAGGGAGAGGAAACACUCAAUUCUUACGCACCUCGAAAUCAUCCUUCAUCAAUGAAAUUCAGUAAUAUGGAAUUGCUAACAACUGAUGAUGAUAUAUUAACGAAAUCGUCAAGUUCCGGUGUCACAGUAACAGCAGCUCUGAACUCAACACCGAAAACAAAGAGCUUUGAAACCCCAGUAACGGGCACUUCUCCCAUCAAUAAUUCCAAAGAUGGUGAUGAAGCAACUGGCAAUCUAGCAGUUAGCCAAUCUCGGGCAAUGUUUGCUGAAGGAAGCGGGAUGUAUGACAAUGAAUACUUCGGUGUUGCUACUACGACAACAUCCAAAUUGGAUUUCUUUUGA